CUGACAAGGAACAUGCAGAUAAACCUGUUCUUAGGGAUUUGAAGCAAGUAAAAGCAAAUCUAAGUUGACUGUAAGAAACCUGUUCCGAUUCUCUGGUGUGAGGACUAUGAACCAGCUGAUUAGGACUGUAACUCUGCUGUGGUCACUGGCACUGACCACAGGAGAUGACACCGUUACCUGUCUCUACUCCCAAGAAUGUGUGCUUCCCUGCAAGUCUGAUUAUCGUGAAAUCAUCCACUGGCAAAAACUGGAGCGUCAGACGACAGUAAAUGUACAUUCGUUCUACAGUGGCACUGAUCAACUGAAAUACCAGAAUGAAGCCUAUAGAGGAAGAACGUCUAUGUUCUCUGAUCAGGUCUCUAAGGGAAAUAUGUCUCUGAUCCUGAAAGAGGUCAGGACCCAGGACAGGGGCAGAUACAAGUGCUAUACCGCCAUCAGUUCUGCCAACAAGGAAGCUUUUGUCUCUGUAAAAGUGAAGGCCCCAAUCAAAUCAGUGGAUAUAAAAAUGACAGAUGAUGGAAUUACCUGCAAAACAAGUGAUGUUUACCCAAAACCAAAAAUCUCAUGGACAAUUAAUGGUACCCCAAAAAUCAUAUCCCCUAAGGACCCACAAGAGGACAGCAGAGGCCUGUUCUCACUGACCAGCACUCUCCCAGUUCAGCCAGUCCAGGAUAGCCUCACAUACACCUGCUCCAUUAGCUCUGAGGACAGCACUCAAACAUACAUAGCCAGCCUGACAGAAGAGAAAACUGAAAUUGAUUUAGGACAGGACAUAACAAUCCCUUGUCCAGGAUCUCAGGGAGAAACUGGAAACUUCACCUUGACCUUUGGCUCAUCUACUGUUCUGAGCUACAACAGCGAAACGCCACAGCCAGACAGAAUACAGUGGAAUGGUAUAGAAGUAAAAGUAACAAGCAAAGGAAACAUCAUACUGCACAAACUGGACAGUGAGAGACAUGCAGGAACGUACACCUGUGAGAAACUGACUACCCAAUCCAGACAGCUUAUACAGACCUCGGUGCAAAUCAGAACAGCGUCCACGGUUGGCAUCAUUAUUGCUGUCACUGUCAGCAUUGUUGUUGCUAUCACUGUCGCUGUCAUAGCAUAUGUCAUCAAAAAACGUAGAUCCAAGACAAGCGAAAACAAUGGACAAGAAGGGUCCGGCGGCACAGGCCAUAAUGGAACUCCACUAGAUGAUCGACUUCAAAGUGAACAGUUAGUGGAAAAAAGAUCAGGAACAUGGACAGACUGACCGAAAUGACCGAAACCUUUUCCUACAGACUAUGUUGAUCUGAUCUGAUGUCCUAAGAACUCCUGCCAGUGUCUGUCACAGGCAAACUAUGCAGUUCUCACAGUGACAAUGAGAACCAACGACUAAUACCCACAACUAAGACCAAGCAUCACUGAGAUAAUGCAAGACUGCCGAGACAGAACGUGAUAAGUAUGACUCAAUGACAGUGGAAUGUAGCCCAUCACUGAAUCUACUGAAAACUGAAGGAACUACUACUGAUCUGCCAGCUGUUAAAUGGGAAUAAGACACUCUGGCCCAAACCAGGUACAGUGGUUUUAGUGUCAUGUCCCUGCAAUCAGCGAGGUCAGGAGGCUAUAAACAGACGGGCAUGUGUUGUGCGGCGCAGCUACAAACGUCCAUUUCUUUUUGUAGUGUGUCAUUAAUGCAUGUCUGACCAAAACUGAAGCACCUAAAGAAGAUGAAAUAAGGCUGUUCAGUGGGAUAUGAGAUACAAUGCCACUAUGUCCUGCCGAUUUACUACUGAUAAAAUUACCUGCUUUGGGCUGAAAACUACUUUCUAGAUUUCUAGAUUUUCACUUUCAACUCAGGCUGGCUGGCCUAGUGUUUUCUAGGACUUUCUAUUACUUUUCUUGUCUCAAAGUGAUCUUUAAACUGCAAUAACUGUUUAUGUGACAGGAUCAAUGGUGCUCAAAAGUAGCCUGGGGGCAUUCUCUGAAUAUAAUUUAUGUCUUGUUUGUUUAUUACGUUAUCACAUAAAUGCACAAUUAAUUUAUUUGUUUCCAAAAUUUAUAAUGAGCAGCAACAACCAGGUUUACUAACUGCCACUCAGAAUGAUCCCAGGAAAGGACCUGUGGGUAUUUUUCAGGUUAGAAUGAAAAAGGAUGUGUUUAUUGAAUCCCAGUGCUCCAAAUGACAAAUGCCAGUUUAUCCACAUGAUGAAGCUAGAAGCUCCAGCUCAUCACCAGCUUGAUCUAAUUGUACUUACAUCUUGACGUUGUCUGUAGAGACUUCUAGGGCACAGUCUGCUGGCACAGUCAUCAUCCUCUUUUAUCCAUGUUGUAAGGGCCCACAACCACAUGGAGAAAGGGGGGUGAUCACAUCAUCAGCAAAAGGGAGUUUGUUACUACUACCUGUGGAAUAUGUACAGGCCUAAUGACAUGUCGGUUUUCAACACGGUGCUGACUAAUCACCUGAACAUUCUUUAUGAGCACCUACCCUUUUGUGUUAACUGGUUCGACCAGGGGCGGGAGUUUUUUGGAAUGAGAGUUUGAGAGAAGUCUCUUCGUCCUUGCGAACUUGAGACAUGAAAGUAAACCUGUGCUGAAGUUGAGUCAGGGUAUUAGAGGGUGGACCAGGCUAAUGGGCAUCUGAGUUCCCUAGCAGUCCUGUGUAUAUUGUUCUAUGUGAGAACUUAUUUUCUUAAUAAAAAUAGUCACAUUUGCACUCACUUUUGGAGUUCCAGUCCUUCAUUUUGGUAAACCCCAGAUUCCCAGCCAACCACUCGACCAGGCUUGAAUCCGAGAAUUAUCCAACAUCACAAUCCAGUGCAAAAAAAAAUAAUACAAAGCUCAAUAUUUACAGAUACAAGUUGACAAAUUAGUCCAUUACUCAAUCACAAAACCAGCAUUUUCCCCCUUUUGGAUCAUCUUAGAAUGUUCUGUACUUUUGCUAUGCCUCUCUAUCAGUAUCAGGAUACAUAACUUUGGCACUUAGAGGGCCAGUUUGGGCCAGUUGAGGAUGAUAACACCCUCUAUAAUCGUUGUUUGCUCCCGUUCUCUGUUGGGAAAAUGGUGAUUUGUUAACAUCUUUGUAUGAAGACCUCUUGAAACAAACCUUCUCCUCAAAAGCACAGGAGUUUCUUCUCAAUAACAAACACAACGGCUCCAGAAGUCAACAAAACACCACAUUUAAUCAAGCUCUCUACAAGACUAACUCACACCAUUUUCUUAGUUCUCAAACAUUCUUUAUCUUUCAGAACAUUCAGAGUCAGGUAUGUUGGAAUGUUUGUGGAGUAGGUCUUAGUUCAUAUGAAACACUGUGAUUUUCACAGUACAUCAGCAAGUCAAACAAUGAUCACAGAUGUGUCCCCAAACUACUUUUGAGCACCGUAGUAACUCCAAAAUGAGCUAAAGUUACAUUCCUCGGUAUAACAUGUCUAAAACAUGCACUUUUUCCAUUAUUGCACCCUGCUCCACAUGGCAACCCAACAGGAAAUGGAGUUCAUCUGCCCUGAGCAGAACUGAGAGUCAGGAGCAGAACCAAGUUUGCACUAGAAUGCAUUAAAUGAUGUGUUUAUGUAUAGAAAAUGAAUGUACUAUAACUGGCAAUGAAGGUGGGAAUGAAUGAUAUGUGUUUAUCUCAUGAAGGAAAUAACUUUUGUACAGUCUCUAUCACAUUCCAUCGCUGGGCUUGUCACGAACCUCUAUAGGAAACUGAAACUACGCAGGUACUACAUACUGACAGCCAAACAAGUCAACAGAAAACAGCUGUACCUUGGACUUUUACACAGGUUGAGCCAUGACUAACCCACACUCAACAUUCCUGUUCAGACCACAACCUAACACAGCAUUGCAUACGACUAAGUCACAGGUAGCCGACUCACUUAUAUUGAUGUGUUUUAUAGUAUACACACCCAAACACACUGUAAUGCCGCCUCUCCACUGUAACAACAACUACACAGCACUUCCAAUUACAACUCAUUGACAGGAAAAUACUUGUACCUUAACUUGAUAACUACCUGAAGAUCUAAGUCAGAUUUGUCUGGGAAAACUAAACCAAGCAGUGCUGCAGGUUGUGAGUUUGAAAAAUUUGAAAUAAAGUUUAGAUUCAUUAUAGCAAAUGUGCCACAGCACCAUCUACUGGUCAAAUGGUUAAAUCACAGGUACUCUGGAUAUUUUUUAAGCUUACCCAGCAUUAUUACACUGUUAUAUAACUAUUUUAUAGACUGACACUAAGCAUCACACUUAGGUAGCAAAACAAAAUUUCAUUGUACUUGUACAAUGGCAAUAAUCAGCAUUCCACUCACUGCUCAUUUACAAAAACAUCUACAACUGACAUAAAGCAAGAUAAUAAUCAGUAUUAUCCUAAAUCCUAAAUCCAGAUAUUCUUUUUUCACCUGUGAAUUAUAUCAGUCUUGUAUAUGAUCAAUAGCAGGUUCAUGUAGAAAGAAAUAAAGAACAGAAACAUAACCUGAAGAUGCAUCUCAAAGCUGCCAAUAUCUAGGAUUCUUGAUUUUAGCCCCUUCUUGUGGUUUUAUAGGUCUUUAGAAGGUCAUCUAGGGUCAAGCUGUAGGCUUUUAUAUUCCUUGUUUGACAUAGUUAUUGUAUUACGUAUAGUUAUUAUUUGUUUAUGUUUUGGAUUUGUUUUUCGUCAACUGUUUGUUAGUUUGAUUUAUGACAUAUUUGAAAGUUAUUAUUUACAAGUAAAGUCAUUUGCCUGAUCAUGCACUGCCAUUUAUAGUCAUAUGCAAAACUUUGGGUUAAAUGACAUGUUGGUUGAUUUUUGAAAACAUGUAAACAUCCUCUACAGAGACUAUUCAUUUUUAUUACACAUUACUAGGGGUGGGAAUCUCUUGGCAUCUCACGAUUGGAUUAGGAUGCAAAGGGCCACAAUGCGAUUAUAAAACGAUUAUCGAAGCAUCUUGAUGCAUCUUUCUUUUCUAUACAGGAUGGUUUUUUCACGGUGUGAUGACUUGGUACUUUUAAAGCAAAGUAUUUGUAAUGAUCUCUAAUUCAUUUACUUCCGGCAUCUUUUAUUAAUAAAUCAAACGGAAGUGAUGUGGCGAGUGAACUGGAAAACUCUCAUUCACUGCUUCUGUUUGGAGCUCAUUAGACGCUGCUGCUGCUCACAUGCAAUAAUAUGCGCAGUGACGGUGAAAUAAGAUUUCAUAACUCUGGAUUUGGUUUGGUUGUAGAGUCAAUGGCUGUGUUUACAUGCAAAGAUUUUUGCCGGUCCGAUUUCUAUAUUUAAUUUCUAACAUAACGUAGAGUGCCAUGGAUAUUCACUUUUUGCCAUGUUUCACAGCCCAUUUAAUACAGUACCUUCAACCUAAAUGUUUCUACCCCACUUUCUGUAUUUUUAGUUUCACGUAUUUUCAUUGUAUCCCUUCAUCUCUUAUGCUCCAGGGUCUAUAUUGGUUUGUCCAACUGAAUUUCCAUGACCCAAUCAUAAGGCAGACUAUUAAGUAACUGCAUUAAAUAAAUGAAAUUAUUUUUAUUUGUUUUGGAAAAAGCUCUACCCAACUUAACAGAACAUCUGUUUUAUGAUCACACAUUACUAUAUGCUUACUAUUUACAGCUGAAAGCCAAAAAUCUGUGUUAUUAUAUUAAAGUAAUGUUUACAGAGCAGAUCGCUGAAGAGACGCGUCUGUUUACAGUUUAUAGCCCAGAUUUGGGGAAAAACGGGUCGACUUUCAGUAGAAAAACAGAGUUCAGCUUCUUUUAUUAUAAGGGUUUAAAAUGACAUCACCAUCUGUUUGACUAGAAAGAAGAGUUGCAGCCUCACACGACGCCCAGCUUCUGAAUGUAUCUUAUGAAAUAUGAAAGUUAUGAAGGAUAUGAUGAAGUGCGUUAAGAGGCUACAUGCUGUUUCAUAUUAUGAAACAUACAUGUACGCAUGCAUGUACGCAUCACAGAGAAAGGCUGGCUGCUGUUGUUUUGAGCUGUCAGAGACGAAGCCUGCAGAACAUGUUCAGGCCCAACCUAACCAAACCAACUCUAUUCCUAACCCAUACUACUCCUAUACUUCACCAGGACUACCCCCAACCCUAAAGAACAGGGGGGGAGAGAGAAAUCCACACACAGGAGAGUACAGGACAAUACACAACACAACAGCGAAAGAAGGGGACAAAGAAGAUCCGUAACACCAAGCCAUGUUAAAAUGGUGUAACAGAGGUUUCGUUUUUCAUUUUGGCACAUAUUCUGCAUGUCACUAUGGAAAAGUAAUGCUAUGUGCAGUUAUGACUGCAUUUCAAAGAUGAAAAUUUCUUUAAAGUUGUGCAAGAUGGAAGGAAUAUAGUUGUGCCUUUCUUAUAUUGUAUGGCAGAUUGUAUUAAAUUCUGACAUAAUGCAAGUAUUUUAUUUUUCAAACACAAAUCCGCAUGUAUGUUUUCAAUAAAGAGGUCUAGCAAC